AUGCAACGAAGACAUUCUUCAAUUGCAUUGAUCGGAUGCUUUUUCCCUACGAGAAGCAAUGGAAACAGUACACGAUCAUUUGGAAGUUUUAGAAGGAAAAGGCGAGAGGCUUCGACAUCGGGGACUGAUAAGGAUAAACCGAAAUACGUUCACAUUCCUCAGCAUGCUGCGGAUAGUCAUGCCAGAACGACGACCCCGCUUCCCUUCACAAUGAGGCCCCUAUCACAAGAUUUUACGCCCGCCAGAACACCAGGCCCAAUUCCAUUCGGUAUGAGGCCUAUGUCCUCAGAGAUUACAAUUCAACCGGCCACGUUGAAUGCACAUUUUAUGGAGCAAGAGCACGCCAAAAAGGUUGCAGGUCAAGGUGGCAGAGUCCACAUUGUUGGAUCAGUCGCGAGUUAA